AUGGGUAUCACCGUCCACGGCUCACCAUACUCUACCUGCACGCAGAGAGUCUUCACCGCUCUCGCAGAGAAGGGCGUCGAGGCCGAACUCCGCGCCAUCAACUUCGCAACCGGAGAGCACAAGCAACCUGAGUUCUUGAAGCUGCAGCCAUUCGGAAAGGUACCUGUUCUCGACGACGAUGGAUAUCUCGUGUUUGAGAGUCGUGCCAUUGCAAAGUACAUUGCCAAGAAGUAUGCUGGUCAGGGAACGAAGCUCAUUCCUGAUGAGGGUGAUUUGAAGGCGUAUGGGUUGUUUGAGCAGGCUUGCUCGAUCGAGCAGAGUUACUUCGAUGGCCCAGCGAGUGCUAUCUGCUUUGAGAAGAUGUUCAAGGGAAUGAAGGGACUCGGCGCUACCGAUGAGGAAGCCGUCAAGCGACACGCCGCUAGCCUCGAUGAUGCCUUUGCUGUGUACGAGGUCAUUCUUGGCAAACAGAAGUAUCUCGCUGGAGAUGAGUUGACUCUGGCUGAUCUUUUCCACUUGCCAUACGGAAAGAUGGUCAAAGGACUGGGCUUUGCAGAUAUCUUUGCCAAGUACCCCAAUGUCAACAAGUGGUUUGAGGCUCUCGAGGCGAGAGCGAGCUGGCAAAAAGCCACUGGUGGAAAGUAG